CGCAGUGGACAUGUAUUUAUUAACACAUCCGCCGGUUGUACACAUCGGUGUUGUUUUGUCGCUGUCUCCUGCUCGGAUGUCGCGUUAAUAUAAUGUCGUGAAAGAAACAUUCGGUCUCUCGUCGGAUGUGUUAUGUAUGCUCGACCACAAUCUUGAGAAAGGAGAAGGAAUGGAUUUGGAUCCAGAGCAUUAGGAGCAAGGAACUCGAUGUUGAGGUCUCAUUUUGUGUCUGGCCUGCUGUCUCAUCCUGUGGCUAAGUGGUGAAGAUGCUCUGUGAGGUUUAAUCGAGAACAGCAUGGACGAGGCUGCCAGCCAGCUGGAGAGAGAGCAUGUUCACAGUGUGUACGAGAGGAUUGCACCCUACUUCAAUGACAGCCGUUACAAGGCUUGGCCCAAGGUCAAACAGUUCCUUUUGGAGCAGGAGCCCGGUAGCGUCGUGGCUGACGUAGGAUGUGGCAAUGGUAAAUAUCUGCACAUCAACGAGAACAUCUUUAAGUUGGGCUGUGACGUGUGUCGGCCGUUGGUGGACUCUGCGUGGAGUCAGGGCCAUGAGGUGCAGAUGUGCGACGGACUGCGCUUACCCUACAGAGACGGCUGUUUUGAUGCAGUGCUCUCUAUCGCAGUCAUCCACCACAUGUCCACCAAAGAGCGGCGUAUCCGAGCAAUACAGGAGAUGUCCCGCACCCUGCGGGUGGGAGGGAGAAUGAUGAUCUACGUUUGGGCCAUGGAGCAGAAGAGGCGUAAAUUUGAGAAACAAGACAUCUUCAUUCCGUGGAAUCCCAAUCCUCCUCUAUCCCCCGCCCUCAGAGGACCCGGGCGGGCCAGACACCGAGGCGACGGAACCCAAUGCAUCAGCGACGACGCCGAUUCGAGCGACAAGCACAGAAAGGUGAAAAGCACAUCUUCAGUGGUGGACGAGGGCGAGCUCGCCAGCCCCAGUCAGCAGAAGCAACAAAGGCUUUGGUUCUUCUCCAGAUCUUUGGAUUCAGUGCUUGACUUCGGCAGUCUGACCGUGUCCAGGUCCACCUCCGGCACUUUCCAAACCCCUGCAGAUGAAGCUCCAGAGAGCAGGAGCCUGCGGGCCAGCGGCAGAGGUCUCAUUAGACAGGUUUCAAACCUCUUUUCAUCCUCUUCCAGAACCAGUCUCGAAGAAGAUGUCUUCAUCUCAGACCCUCAUGAUCAAGUCCAUAAAACUGAAAACGGCAGCACUAUUAAUGAAAACGAAACCCUCCGGGUUGAGCUUGUACAGGAUUGUUCCUCAGUUCCUCUUCCAGACUUGGUGUCCUACCAAAAGGAGCAGUCCAGUAAUGAAGAACACGGGGAGGUUGGUAGCACAGCAAACAGACAACAUUCCAUGCAGAGACAAGAAAGCACAGUGUCUCUGGGGGACAACGUGGGGAUGAAAGAAUGGAAUGACGGACAGAUGAAGGACUCUUGUCUGCGGUACUACCACGUAUUCAGGGAAGGAGAACUGACGCAGUUGAUCGAGAACCAUGUUGAUGAACUUCAUGUUCUCCAGACUUUCUUGGACCACGCUAACUGGUGUGUGGUGGCCGAGAAGAUCCAAGUUUGGAAGGUUUAAAUCUCAUUUUAAACAUUAAUGUCGAUUUUUAUUGAUGUUUUUAAGCUUUUAAACUCAUAGUUUGAGAUUUUAAGUUUUUGGAUGAGAACUUAUAUCAGUUGCUAGGUGUUCAGUAUCAAUGGCAAUAACAAGCAAGGUAUUGAUGCUCUGACUAGAUAAGUGUUGUUCAAAAUAGACACCAUUUUAUUUAUUUUAUCUCUAGGAACACUAAUGUUACUAGGCACUACAUUUUGUUUUACAAAUGUGCCCAUAUCCUGCUUGAAUUGACAAUUCACCCAAAAAUAAAACUUCUGUCAUCAUUUACUCCACCUCGAGUUGUUCCAGAUCUGUAUACGUUUCUUUGUUUUCCGCUGAAAACAGAGAAUAUAUUUGGAAGAAUGCUUGUAACCAAACAGUUCUUGGCCACCAUGGACUACCAUAGUAAGAAAAAUGACAAUGGACUUAUUUAUAACAGAACAAAGAAAUGUAUAAAGAAAAUUUUCUUACUAUGGUGGACCAAAGACAUCAGAACAAAGACAUUUUUACAGAUUCGGAACAACUCGAGGUGGAGUAAAUGCUGAAAGAAUUUUCAUGUUUGGGUGAACUGUACCUUUAACGUUAUCUGUGAUGUCUUACACGAUCAGUUUUGGCUGUAAUUAUAAAUAAUGAACUUAACUUGCACUGAUUUAAUGGCGUGUUACUUUUAACAGUCUUAAGCAAUGUCUGCCUGAAACAGAAAAGAUAGCACAUUAUUCUGAACCAAACAAUGUGAGCACAUUACCAGAGUUUUCUUAUUGAAUUCUCUUCAGGAGUUUAUCUGUGUAAUAUUUGUUGUGUUGUGUGUGGUUAGUGAUACCGUGAGCUUUUGUGUUGUGGUCUGUUGCAGAAGCUUUUUAACAACAUUUUGUCUAAUGCUACUUGAUUGCACAUGACUUUCCAUUGCGGAACUUGAACAAGUGCGGGUAUUGCAGAUUGUGUUUGUAUUGAUGUAACUUGACCGUGUCAAUGUCGCAGCAAUGGUCUUCAAUUUUCUUUUGAACCUUUUUUAUUUGUGGUUGUGUAGUUUGACUGUCGAAUAAAAGCACUAUAAUUUAGUUUUUAUCUGAA